AUGGCGGAGGAAUCGAUUACUACCACUCUCACUACGCCGCCGGAAAAGCAACCAUCUCCGGAAGAAUCGAAUUCUACUCAACAAGUCUUGGCGAGAGAGACGGAGAAAGCGACUGAGACUGAUCCGUCGGAAGCGCCGGAAAAAGAAGUAACUCCGGAAGAGCAUCAACAGCCAAAGGUGACGGAAACGGAAACAGCUUCGACGGAGAAAAAAGAGCUCGAGCUCGGAGACGGAGACGACGACAAGUCUCAAAAAUCAGCUGCCGAGGAAGAGAACAAGAGAAUUCCGAAGAAUCUUGGUUCGUUCAAAGAAGAAAGCAGCAAGCUCUCCGAUCUAUCCGAUUCCGAGAAGAAAUCUCUCGAUGAGCUUAAGCAUCUCGUGCGAGACGCUCUCGACAACCACCAAUUCAGCACAACCACACCGGAAGAAGAAGUCACGAUCUGGGGAGUCCCAUUGCUCAAAGACGACAGAAGCGAUGUCGUUUUGCUCAAGUUCCUAAGAGCCAGAGACUUCAAGGUGAAAGACUCGCUGGCGAUGCUCAAGAACACGAUCAAAUGGAGAAAGGAGUUCAAGAUCGACGAACUAGUCGAAGAAGAGCUCGUGGAUGAUCUCGACAAGGUCGUGUUCAUGCACGGACACGACCGAGAAGGACACCCGGUUUGCUACAACGUCUACGGUGAGUUCCAGAACAAGGAGCUUUACAACAAGACGUUCUCCGAUGAGGACAAGAGGAAACAUUUCUUGCGGACGAGGAUUCAGUUCUUGGAGAGGAGUAUAAGGAAGCUAGAUUUCAACUCCGGUGGUGUCUCCACCAUUUUUCAGAUCAACGACAUGAAGAACUCUCCCGGAUUGGGGAAGAAAGAGCUUAGAUCGGCCACCAAGCAAGCCGUUGAGUUGCUUCAAGACAAUUACCCUGAGUUUGUCUUCAAACAGGCAUUCAUCAAUGUUCCAUGGUGGUAUCUUGUGUUUUACACUGUGAUUGGUCCGUUCAUGACACCAAGAUCAAAGAGCAAGCUUGUGUUUGCUGGUCCAUCAAAAUCAGCCGAGACUCUUUUCAAGUACAUUUCACCUGAACAAGUCCCUGUACAGUACGGAGGAUUGAGUGUUGAUCCUUGUGACUGUAAUCCAGACUUCUCAUUGGAUGAUCAAGCCUCUGAGGUCACUGUUAAGCCAGGAACUAAGCAGACUGUUGAGAUCAUUAUCUAUGAGAAAUGUGAGAUUGUGUGGGAGAUAAGGGUGAUUGGAUGGGAAGUGAGCUACAAGGCAGAGUUUGUGCCGGAAGAGAAAGAUGCUUAUACGGUGGUUAUACAGAAACCGAGGAAGAUGAAACCGGCUGAUGAACCGGUUUUAACACAGAGCUUCAAAGUCAAUGAGCUUGGCAAGGUUUUACUCACUGUAGACAACCCAACCUCUAAGAAGAAGAAGCUCGUUUACAGGUUCAAUGUCAAACCUCUUUAA